CACUCUUGUCGUUCAAACAAUUUUCUCUAUAACACUUUUCUUCUCUGUUGAGCAAAGUAACAUAUAGAUACACAUAUAGAUAUAGUUUCUAUAAACAUUGAACUUUCUUCAGAAAAUCUAUCUGUGAAGAAGAAGAACAAGAUGGAGAACAACUACAACAAUAACAUCAACAACAAUCAACAAUCGUUUUGGCAAUUCAGUGAUCAACUUCGUGUUCACACAUCAAAUCUUGCAAACUUAUCGUUAAACGAUUCAAUUUGGGGUAACAAUUACUCAUCCUCCAAAAAUGAACGAAGAAACUUUGAUAUCAAAGUUGGUGGUGAAAUCAGCAACAACAACAACAAAAGUGAUGGUUGGAAACAGAUGAACAACAACAACAGCAACAUGGUUGGUGUUGUUGAUGUUGGGAUUAAUGGCGGUUUCAACAAAGGAGUUUAUCCGAAUUCAAACCCUUAUGGUAAUUUUAACAGUAAUAACAACAACAACUUUGAUAUCAAUUUCAAGGGAGUUAAGUUUGGUGGUGCUAAGGUUGAAGAUGAGAAUUUUCAUGUGGCUAAAUCUUCUAAGAAGAACACAAACCCUAACAAGAAAGACAACAACAAUAGUGAUGGGAACAAGAAUAAGGAUGUGAAAGGUGCUUCUGACAAGAGAUUCAAAACGUUGCCACCGACGGAGUCUUUGCCUAGGAAUGAAACAAUUGGAGGGUAUAUCUUUGUUUGUAACAAUGAUACCAUGGCUGAGAAUCUCAAGAGGCAACUCUUUGGUUUGCCUCCCAGAUACAGAGAUUCAGUUAGGGCCAUUACUCCUGGGUUGCCCCUUUUUCUGUACAACUAUACAACUCAUCAACUUCAUGGAGUCUUUGAGGCUGCAAGUUUUGGAGGAACAAAUAUUGAUCCAACUGCUUGGGAGGACAAGAAGUGUGUCGGAGAAUCUCGUUUCCCUGCUCAGGUCAGAGUGAUAACUAGGAAAACAUGUGAGCCACUUGAAGAGGAUUCUUUCAGGCCAGUUCUUCAUCACUAUGAUGGUCCUAAGUUUCGUCUUGAGCUCAAUGUGCCUGAGGCGUUAUCUCUGCUGGAUAUUUUUGAAGAACAAGAUACUUCCAACAACUCUGUGAAGGUUAUGCAAGCAUAAAAGGGACACAUCUCUUUUGAAAGGUUAUGCAAGCAUAAAAGGGGACACAGUUUACAAAGGAAUAAAGAAAAAUAAGUCAUAAUUAGAGAUUUGGUUUGUUUUUAUAGCUAUAUGGACUUAAAAAUAGAGUCCUAAGAAUAUAAAAAAAACAAAGUGAGUGUUUUUAGUGGAGGAUAUGUUUGGAUGGGUAUUCAGUCUAAAUAUUGUGUUCUAAUGUUUUGUAUAGAGGCUGCUACUGCUAUACAUGGUUGUCCAAUUUUCUUAUGUUUUUGUUUGGUAUAAAACUAUCAUAUCAUAUUUAAAAAGAAUACAAUAUUUAUUUUGCUUAA